UGUGGCGCGGGCGGGCGGCUGUUUGCCGAGGGGGGGAGCUGCGCUCGCCAUGGCGACUUAUGUGAGCGAGUUGGAGGUGGCCAAGAAAAACCUCAGCGAGGCCUUGGGCGAGAAUGUGAAGCAAUACUGGGCUAAUCUGAAGCUAUGGUUUAAGCAGAAGAUCAGCAAAGAAGAGUUUGACCUGGAAGCACGGAGGCUCCUUACACAGGAGAAUGUCCACUUUCACAAUGACUUCCUCUUGGCUAUUCUCACACGAUGCCAGAUCUUGGUUUCUGCACCUGAGGGUGCUGGCUCCCUGCCAUGGACAGGAGGUUCUGCGACAAAGCCUGGCAAGCCCAAAGGGAAGAAAAAGUUUUCUUCCGUUCGGCAGAAAUUUGAUCACCGGUUCCAGGCACAGAAUCCCCUCUCUGGAGCCCAGCAGUUUGUGCCUAAGGACCCCCAAGAAGACGAAGACCUGAAGCUUUGUUCACAUACCAUGAUGCUUCUCACCUGGGGCCAGCUGGAAGGACGGAUGAUUGUCACUGCUUACGAGCAUGGCCUGGACAAUGUCACUGAGGAGGCCGUGACGGUUGUUGUCUAUGCUGUGGAGAAACACCUUAAGGAUAUUCUUACUGCUAUAAUAUCAAGGAGGAAGGCCUACCGCCUGAGAGACGGCCACUUCAAAUAUGCCUUUGGAAGCAAUGUCAAUCCACAGCCUUAUCUGAAGAACAGUGCAACUGCUUACAAUAACUUAACUGAAUGCCCUCCUACCUGCUUAGCACCCCCUCCUGGUCAGAACCUGGCUUCCCAUCCACCUCCUGACGAUGCCGAGCAGCAGGCAGCCCUCCUCCUGGCUUGCUCUGGGGACAGUUCACCAGCAACGCUUCCUCCAGUGAACAUGUACGACCUCUUUGAGGCAUUGCAGAUCCACCGAGAAGUGGUCCCUGCGCACACAGUCUACGCACUCAACAUUGAAAGAAUCAUCCUGAAACUCUGGCACCCAAACCAUGAGGAACUGCAGCAAGACAAAAUCCAUCGGCAGCGGCUGGUGGCAAAGGACGGACUCCUGAUGUGCUGAGGCCCCGGGCGGCCGUCAGCGCUGCCUCUUGGCCGGGCCGUGUCCUGCUUGGCCCGAGAGGUGGCUUUUGACUGUGGGAUCACAGACCUUGCAUUAUUGUGCCAGUAUUUCCACGAAGAAAUGGGGACUCCUUCCCUAUAGAAAGACGACUUGGGAACCCUGAGCAUCUGUUCACUCCCCAACAGCCGUGUAGCAUCAAGAUGGCCUUGGCUGCUUUUAGGCUGGACUGGUUUGGAGGCACUGACCUUUUAACCAAAGUGCUGGCAUUCCUUCGGAAAGUGUUUUCGGUUCUGCUGGAAAAGAAAGGAAAAGGGACCUUCUUUGCUACUGAGAGCCCAUUUCUGUUGUAAUUCCCUUCAUGAUGUGUGAUUGGCCGAUUCCCUGCACCACAAGAUUGGCCGCAACUGGUUCUCCAAGCCACCAAGGGAGGCAGUUUGAGCCACUACCCUGGGCUAUCCAAGGAUACGCGUGACAAAGAGUCGUGCUGGUUUUUGUUUGCAUCUGUUUUGUACACUGUAGAUUGAAAACAAACAGGCGAAAUCCUGAUACAUGUAAAUAAACUUCAUUGCAUGACAGUUUUAAUAAAAAGGAAUCUUUCUUAUCUA